GGCCUGAGAGCCCCGGCCUCGAUUUUCAGAAAGGUCCCCAAUCGGCUCCCCGGGGCCGGCAGGAGGAGGAGGCCAGACCCAUGCACUGGCGAGAAGAGAUUGAAAGGCUGGAAAAUAAUCAGUUGCCUUCUCUUAUUUAGCGAUUUUUAAGAAGAGAACAGUCACACAUUAACAUAAGGGCGGGAAAUAAUGAACUGCAAUAUGAUGUUUGAGGCCCAGGGGUCAAAUAUCACGUUUUCGUUCUUUCAUCUCUUCUGACAUGCAAUAAUGAAAUUUGUUCGCGAUCCUGGAAAGCUCGGGUGUAAAGUGCAGCUUGUGGUUGCAGGAUUCCUUUCCCCAGUACUUCACUCUACAAGCAAGGGACCAAAGAGAACACUGUACAGUAAGAAGUAUGGGGUAGACCUGAUCAGAUACACACAUGCAGCAAACACAGUGGUUUACAGCUCUAACAAAAUCGAUGAUACCAUCCGGUACUUGUCACUUCAUGACAACAAAUACAUUAGAUACUUCCAUGGUCACAGCAAGAGAGUUGUAGCAUUAUGUAUGUCUCCUGUGGAUGACACCUUCAUGUCCAGUUCCUUGGAUAAAACCAUCAGACUGUGGGACCUCAGAUCACCCAAUUGUCAAGGCUUAAUGCAUCUUCAGGGGAGGCCAACAUGUUCUUUUGAUCCUGAGGGACUUAUAUUUGCGGCUGGCGUGAAUUCUGAAAUAAUUAAACUUUAUGAUCUACGGUCAUUCGACAAGGGACCUUUUGCCACUUUUAAGAUGCAGUAUGAGCGGACCUGUGAGUGGACAGGAUUGAAAUUCAGCAAUGAUGGAAAACUGAUGCUGGUGUCUACCAAUGGUGGCAUGGUCAGACUCAUUGAUGCAUUUAAAGGAGCAGUACUGCAAACAUUUGGGGGAUAUAACAACAACAAAGGUAUUAGUUUGGAAGCAUCAUUCACACCAGAUUCUCAGUUUGUGAUGAUAGGAUCGGAGGAUGGUAAAGUUCAUGUGUGGAAUGCGGAAAGUGGGUUAAAGGUGGCUGUUUUGGAUGGGAAACAUACAGGUCCAGUCUCUUGCCUUCAGUUUAAUCCCAAGUUUAUGACGUUUGCCAGUGCAUGCUCUAACAUGGCAUUUUGGUUACCUACAAUUGAUGACUGAAGAAAAAGAAUUGGGAUCAUUUUUAAUGGACUGAGUAAUCAGUAAUGUACUGAAUGCAGAAAGUUGGACGUCCAGGCUUUUCUGGGUCUCUUUCUACAGAGAUUGAUUUGAACUUGAUUACAGGCUGACGAGUCAAAUCUUUAUGCAUGGGCAUCAUCGGCCGUGAUGAUGGUUACAGAUAUUUUCUGUGGAAAUUCUCAUAGAGGAAGUAAAAGUAAAGACGGUCCUUUUUUUGGCCCACCCUUCCUACUCAUCACACGGGCUUCAGAUUUUGGACUCAUCCCUCCAACACAAUUUUUCUCUUGGGCAUGUGCCAAAUCCAUUUGAAACUCUUGUUGACACUGUCAAUUGAAUGUGCUGGGAUUUCUUUUCGGUGGGACCUGGCAAGUUGUCCAAGAAUAUGAACGCAGUGCUAACCAUGAGAUAUUGGGGGCCAGUGUGGCUGUGAUUUCAUUUUAUAUCCCAGCCAGAAAUUAUGCUAGUUACUGGGUUUGUAAAAACUGAAGAUCCAAUUCAGUGGUUUCAUUGUGAUGGAUGUCAACUCUUGAAGAAAGUCUCCUUGAUUUGAUCAAAUGGGUGGCUUUACAAAAGAACUGAGCAAUAAAACUGAAAAUGCUGGAAAACAUUCAGCUGGGCCAGGCAACAACUGUGGAGAGAGAAACAGGCACAUUUCAGGUCACAGACUUUUCUUCAAAACUGUCAUCAACCUGAAACGUUAACUCUGUCUCACUCUAUAGUUUUCCAGAGAUUUCCAGCAUCUGCAUUAUUGUACUUUUGAGAAUUGAGCUGAUUGAUUUACUGUGGUAAUCAAAACCACUUUCUUUCACUUGCUUGAGUCUUGACCAGAAAUAUAUCCCUGUUACUAUAUUGUAUAUUUGUACAGUUCAAAACCUGAUUUCAAUUCAGAACUAAGUUUACUUUCUUCAAAAUGUUCUUGAGAUAUACUUUGUAAAUAUAAUGGGAUGAUUCAGGUUUUUGCAUUUUCUUUCAGUAUUCUGACAAGGUAUCUGAAUUUGCCAAGUUCUGAAAUCACACCAAAUACACUCGCUUGUAGAAUUUGAAAUGUUUCUUUUUGUUUCUGCGCCCCCCCCCCGCCCCGCUCUUUCUCCAUCACCAUUUUGGUAUAAAAUUGUUCUACAAUUUUUAAAAAAAACUCCAGAAAAUGUGUUGUGGUGAGAUGUCUUCUGCAGCUUAGAUUAAGUCCACUUCUAUAGUUUAGGUGUUUUGAUGUGCCAAAGAUACACUUCUGCCACAACCAGUGAAGUAUUGUUUACUAUGCAAAAGCUGAGAAUCCCUAAUUAAAUAGUCGAAACAACCGGUCCCCAAGAAGAUAGAAUUUUUUUUUUAGAUGGAGGUUAAAACAGAAUAAAUUUCAACUUUCAUCUUUUUCAAAGUGCCCCUCCCUGCGAGGCUUUUACUCAUCCAGGAAAAUUUUGAAUGGCCUGAUAAAUAGUGCACUGAAGUUCUGAUGCUGCAGUUGGGAUCAGGAUCUCAAAUAUAAAAUACCAUUCAUAUUUAAUUCUUCUAAGAGUAAAGUGAGUGAGGGAAGAAAAAAGCUUCCCAUUUGGUUAAACCUCUUGGCAAGUUGAUCAAGAAAUGAUGUUGGCAGCUCCACAGAAAUGUUAAUGGGCUGGGGAAUUACAGCUUCCUGAUCGACUGCACAGGAUUUGGUGUGGGUUUUUUUUUGUGUGGGGAUUGGGAAAUGAUCAAUUUAUGAAGAGAAUUGUUUGCGGGGUUAUUUACAAAAUACAAUUUUACCUCCAGUAAUUAUAAAAAAAGAUGCAACAUUUACUAUUCCCCUUCACAAGCAUAGAUGCUGCACCUAAAUUAUUCCUGUUGUUUUCAAAUUACACUAUCAAUUUUCAAUUUCUCAGUUUCAAGUGAGCGCCUCAAUAUUGACCAUUGGUCCUGAUGGAAACCUAUAGUAAAGAAUUAGACUUUUAGGUGCAAAAAUCACCACCUGUCCUUUGUGGAGUGAGCUUUUAUUUUGAGAGUUAUGGACUGUAACACAAUCUUGUGUCUAGCAUAGAAUCGUGUUGACAAAGUUCUUGAACAUAACACUUGAGUUGUGAUGUUUCCUGAGCACACAUAAAUACAGAAAUUCUGUCCAGGCAGAAAAGAAAUAUUGUGGACAGGGUAUAUUUAAAAGAAACCAGUAAUUUGUGAAGUCUGGAGAUAUUUUUCAUUUAUCAAAGUAAUUCAUGGAUAGUUAGUACUUCAGGAUACACCUGAAACACUAACCUGCUGCUCACCCAACUGUGCUUUACCACUGUUCAGUUUUCCAGCAUUUGCGAGAUUCUUUUUAACUUUGCUUCUUUGUGGGUAGAUGUUCUGCUGAUGUGAUGUAGUGAAAUUGACUUUUUCUUUUGUGCAUCCUUGGUUUCUUCAAAAAUUUUAAGUUAUGCUUUAUUCAGUAGUUUAUGGACUUUUUUAUGUUUAAAGAAAUAACAGUCUGCCUUCUCUUCCCUAUCUCCUCCAAGACACAGUAAAGCACAAAUGGCUUUAGGCAAAGCUAGCUGAACCACAGCCUUGACCAACAAGCAAGUGCAUACUAUGCAAUUGCUCUAAGUUAAAUAUUAUACCAAUAGUAUUGAAAUUCAUGUUGGUCUGGGCAGCUGAGGCAGAUAUAGAAUCUACAAAGAUAUUUAGAAAAUAUCUUCCUGACUUGACUCCUGAGAACAUUCUGACACGUAUUCUGCUCGCAAACUGCAGCAUCCGCUAUUGAGCUUUUGGGUCACACAAUAGCCAGAGUGGCAGUUAAUCAUGUACAACAUCAUGACCAUAACCCCUGAAAUAGAUUAGGAAUCUCUUAUGGAACAUUCUUUAUAUCAUUAAUAUUAAAUAAUUGAGGCAUAUCAUGUAAGUUCUAAUGUGCAGCUGUCCUUGGGGCUCAGCGCUGCCUGAAAAGCAGGAUUUGAUUUCUGGCACAUUAAAUAUAUUUCACAUGUCCUUGCAAUAAAUUAUAUUUAAUGUAUAUAGUACCUAUAGUAAUUAAAUGAAGGUCAGUGUUAAUGUGUGAUAUUUAAUCUCGGGUCAUUUCAGAGCUAAUUGUAUCUCCAUAAAUACUGUACCCAGAAAGCUUCUAUAGUUUACUUUCAGUAGCAGCCUUAUUAUUUUGUAUACCUGUGGUAUAUUUAACAUUUUAUAUGAUUCCAUAUGAACAACAGUGUAUAUUUUUUAAGGAACAAAGACCAGGCAGCAGUGCAUUGUGCCAUUGAGAAUGUGAGGAUGUAGUUUUGUGUUGGUAAAGGAUCUGGUGCUUCUCCAUAUGCGUCAAAGAAAUAUUGGCAGACAUAUCUUCCUCGCAUCUUCCUGUCAAGUUCUUGGCAUUGGGUCUCUUUCCACACUCGGCUCUGAGAGUAUCUACCAGAGGGGAGAUUCAAAGAGAGGCAAAGCCUUUUAAUUUUUUUUAAACGUGAGAUUUUUAAACUGACUCUUGUAACUUGUUCUUGAAUAUGGUGAAGAUGUCCUUUGUUAACUAUAAAAAGCUGUUGUAUUGCAAAAUUUUGUAUAGAGCUGUUGCGUAUUGCUCGUGUAUAGGUGAGAAAAGACUUGCUUGGAAAUUCUCUGUAAGCUGUGGUAAAAUUAAAUUGUUGACAUUUAUUUCAUAAA